AUGUUCAGUAGCCUUCGAGGCCAGCCCGAAAGCUACGAGAAGAAAGCUAAAUACAGAUUUGGGCGAACGCUAGGUGCGGGCACAUACGGUAUCGUGCGCGAAGCAGACAGUCCCAACGGCAAAGUUGCUAUCAAGAUCAUCCUCAAGAAAAAUGUCAAGGGAAACGAGAAGAUGGUUUGGGACGAGCUGGAUAUGCUCCAACGUCUAAAACAUCCUCAUAUUGUUCGCUUCGUGGAUUGGUUCGAGUCUAGGGACAAGUGGUAUAUUGUCACUGAACUCGCCACUGGAGGUGAACUCUUCGAUCGCAUUUGCGAACAAGGAAAAUUCACAGAGAAAGAUGCUUCCCAGACCAUUAAGCAAGUUCUCGGAGCUGUCGAUUACCUCCACAAUAGAAAUGUGGUUCAUCGAGAUCUCAAACCAGAGAACCUCCUGUACCUAAGCAAAGAACCCAGUUCCGACCUAGUCUUAGCAGAUUUCGGAAUUGCGAAGAUGCUCGAUACCAAAGACGAGGUUCUUACCACAAUGGCGGGCUCCUUCGGUUAUGCGGCACCAGAGGUUAUGCUGAAAAAGGGUCACGGCAAGCCUGUGGAUAUGUGGUCUUUGGGCGUCAUCACAUAUACCCUCCUCUGCGGUUACUCUCCUUUCCGCUCGGAGAACCUACAGGACUUGAUCGAUGAAUGCAGUAACGGGAAGGUAGUUUUCCACGAGCGAUACUGGAGGGACGUCAGUGAUGAUGCGAAAGAUUUCAUCAUGCUUCUUCUACAGCCUGACCCAGAUGAUAGGUGGACUAGCCAGCAAGCUUUAAAACACCCCUGGCUCAGCGGCGAGAACGCCACAGACCACAACUUGCUGCCAGAAAUCAAGGCAUACAUUGCCAAGGCACGUCUACGCCGUGGCAUCGAGCUCGUCAAACUGGCCAACCGUAUCGAAGCGCUCAAGAUUCAAGAAGACGACCCAGAGAACCCCGACUUCACCGACAGCACCGUGGCCGCGUCCAGCCAGUCCCGAUCGAGCACCGCAUCAUCGAAAGGCGAGCCGAGCACCGGCAAGGGCAAACUCACGCGCGCAAUGAAGGGUGCCAUCUUCCGCGAGGUAGUCUUAGCCAAGGUGCGCGAGAUGAAGGAGCAAGAGCAGACGCUGAAGGUGAAGGAAGAAGUGGAAAAGGAGGCGAAGCGGAAGAGCUUCCAAAAUUAA